CAGUACGACGUAGAAGCAGUUUGUCCUAAGCGGCCACCGUUCUCAGUCACUGUCAUGGCGACCUCCAACAGCGGCGUGAGUUCUGACUCCCUGCGUUAUUCCGAGUAUAUGCCCGGUACCAGGUCACCUCCCGUCGGUGACGUUGAUCGGGGACUGGGUGGAACUUUAUUUGCAGUUGGUCUUGGAGUAGCGGCUGUAGCCUUUGCAGGUCGCUUCGCUUUUCAGCUGUGGAAGCCUUUGGGACACGUUAUUGCAGAAAAUGCCAAAAAGAUUUCAACUUCAAGCCUUUCCUAUUAUUACAAAGGAGGAUUUGAACAGAAAAUGAGUAGGCGAGAAGCUAGCCUUAUUUUAGGUAUUAGUCCUUCUGCUGGAAAAGCCAAGAUUCGGGCUGCUCAUCGCAAAACCAUGAUUUUGAAUCACCCAGAUAAAGGUGGAUCUCCUUACUUGGCAAUGAAAAUAAAUGAAGCAAAAGACUUACUGGAAUCCAGUAACAAACAAUGACCUACAGUAUGUUAAAAGUUAAUUUAUAGAUCACCCCCGCUUGGUGUCACAGAGGCCUACAGUGUGCCAUAGACAGCUCCAUAGAUCAUUGUUUUUUCCUUUCUAGUCUCCUUAUUUAUAAUAAAUUAUAAAGUUACUGUGCAACAUUUUGGACCAACCCUAUAUUAUGUAGGGCUCCAUUAAUCCUCUAAAGGAUUUUUCUGCAAGAUUUUCUUUCAAGAGAAGUCUAUUACACACAACAAUAAUUAAAAUAAAAUGUACGUCUGUAGUGUUAUGGUUUAUAUUAAAUAUAUUAAUAUUGGACAACAUGCUGCCUUGGUGUGGACAUCCUAGAUGCAUGUCUGAAGUUAGUCAUCUGACCUUCGUAAUAAAUAUGUCAGACUCUCAAUUUCACAAAAUGAAAUGAAAAUGGAACCCAAGAAAGGGCUUUUUUAUUGUCAAUCACAUUAAACUAAUAUCAGAUUGUAAAAUGGUAGUUGUAAUAAAUGAAAUGUGGUUAUGCAAAAAUACAAGUGCAACUUCUAUAAAAUACUUAGUGACCUUGUGUAUGAGUAGAUGCAUCCUACAAAUUUGCAUAUGGUUUGGAAUCAAGAUCUAUCCAGAUUUUGAUUUUUCAACAGUUUAUUACUGUGCCAAGGCAAAAACAUUGUGCAGUUACCUUGGCAGGCUCACAAGAACAGCAGAUGAAGUAGGAACUAUGGAUGCUUCAUCACAUUUUGUGCCUGGAUCCCAGCUGUUCUAAUAAGGGCUAUCAGCCGGCUUCACAAUCAUCUCUCAUUUUGGACUGCCUUGUUUGUACCGGGAAUUCUGAGCACAUUGCAUAUAAUGCGAAAAAAAUAAAUAUGUAAUAAAAUGUU